GCUAAUGUGUAUAGCGGCUGGGAUGAAGGCUUUACUUAGAAUAGUAACAAGGGAAUCAUCAUACAUGCGUGUAUGAGCGCACCAACACAACACUGUAUAUUUGAACCGUAAAUUAGCUGGCCACCUAAUGUAAUGCCAGACAACUUUCAACUGCUACUUAACAUUUCACAGAGACGACAGAUGACUGGAAAGUGGAAACGCACCAUUUUAGAGAGAAAAAAAGCUAAUAAUGAUCACUUUCAGCCUUAAGAACUCCUUUCUAUAAGAAGCUUACUUAGGCUGCUAGCAGCCUCCACUUCUUCCACACAUAUUCCACUGCAUCUGCAUCUGCAUCAUCAGCAUCAUCAUCAUUAAGUCGAGAAUUUAAGAGUUCUGAAUUGAAUAAGAAGUUACAAGAAACCAGAACUAUUAGAGCCGUAUAUACAGAAGCUCGGUGAUAACGACUGCUGGAUUUCCCUGCAUGCUGAUUAUGUUUUCUUUACUGGUUUAUCUGCAGCCUUUGCUGCGUUUACUUUCCUUGAGUAAUAAAUUUGGCCCACCAUUAUUAAAUAAACUGUUAUAAUGUCUCUAGUCAUUUAGCGUAACUGCUUUUUCCCCUGACCUGCCUAAGGUUUCGCAUCGCUCCAUCUGCUUCAUGAUUUCUUUGUGUGCCAGGCGAGUUGUACACCAGAAAUGGAUUGCUCUUCUACUGGACAAGGCAUUUCACCUGAAACUCUCGCUUACAUGGAGCUUGCACUGGAUCAGGCAAAAGAAGCACUGGAUUCGCUUGAAGUGCCAGUUGGUUGUGUGAUUGUUAAAGAUGGGAGAGUUGUUGCAUCUGGAAGAAAUAGAACAUCAGAGACUAGAAAUGCUACGAGACAUGCAGAGAUGGAAGCAAUCGACUUUCUUCUCGAGAGGUGGCAAAAGAAUGGACUAUCGAAACUGGAAGUCGCAGAGAAGUUUUCAAAAUGCAAUCUUUACGUCACUUGCGAACCUUGUAUAAUGUGUGCUGCAGCUCUCUCGAUCCUUGGUAUGAAGGAAGUAUAUUAUGGAUGUGCCAAUGACAAAUUUGGAGGGUGUGGAUCAGUAUUGUCGUUGCAUUCAGUCAACCCACAAUCACUUACAAGUGGGGAAGUUAGACAAGAAGGAAAAGGUUUCAAAUGUAGCGGGGGAAUAAUGGCAUCAGAAGCAGUCGCUCUUUUCCGGAGUUUCUACGAGCAAGGAAACCCUAAUGCUCCAAAGCCUCACAGGCCGGUUGUUCGACGAGCAACUAGUUAGCUUUGGUCUCCUGGAGCAGCAGCAGCUUUUUUUGGUGGAAAAGAUCCCAAUGGUUUCUGGGUUUUGACGAUGACGGUGAAAUUUGGAGGAAGGUGAGUUCGUAUGAUGAUGGUGGUGUUGUUUGUGGUGGCGGUCAAUCUCUUUAAUGGCUUCUGGGUUUUUGAUGGCGAUGGUGAAAUUGGGGUAGGGGCGAGUUCGGUCGAUGAUGUCGUAUUAAACUUUGUCAAGCAAUGAAACACAUUUUAAUGGAGAAAUGAAUUUCCAUCUAUACAGAAUUUAGAUGUUGGCACGAAGCUUGGACUAGUGUUAAUAUCACUAGUCUAGAACUUGGAGGUUGUAGGUUCGAAUUCAUUAAAUAGUAUCUUAAAAG